AGACCACCAUCAAACCGUGUGGACGCAGGACCUUGUCUCCUGCUGCCAAAACAUAAAUAAGUUUGGUAUUACCACUCGCGUUUGUUUCCCUUGUGACUGAGGUAUAUAUUUUAAUGUUUAUCAUUUACAGAAACAAACGUCUUUUUACGUCUUUCUUUUUUCAGACGUUGUUGUUUGUUCGUUUAUUGUGGUACUGUGUUUUAUCCAUCACCCUGGUCCGCUAGCACACGUGCUACAUAUGGGAAUAAUACUAACAGAAAUGAUUGCAUUCUUUACAUUUUUUACUCAGUAAAACGCCAGACAUUUAUGUAACUUAAUAAUGAUGCCAAUCAUUAAAUCCUCUUUUUAAAUUAGUUUAAUUUAGUUCUGCAACAAUAAAACUGACCACACACCUAGCCGUUGGCUGUGGGGACUACAAAAGGAAAAGAGAAAUAAGGAAUUAACAUUAAAAAAUAAAAAAAAGUAAACACAAUAAUAAAAUUAAAAAAAAAACGACCAAGAAAACAAAAUGAAAGAGAGAAAAAAAUAAAAUAAAUAUACGCAUUUACCAAAAAAAAGACAUUUUUUAAAACAAUUAUUACAAACACACUCUUAUGGAUGUAGUGUGUGUGUGUUUGACACUUUUAUACGUUAAUAAUGAACAGUGGAAAACGGUAUAACGCAAGUAUAAGUGUCGGAAUGAGUUCAGAAAAUACGUUAGAGUUCAUCAGUAAAAGCAAAAGAAUAAAAAUCCAAUGUCCUUUCAUCGGAUUAUUAAUGUUUCAAUCAGAGCUUCUAUUGCAUUGUAAGGCAGUGUAGCCAUUUGUUUUGUAAAUUGGAAGAAUACAAAUAUUUUAUUAUUAUUAUUAUUUAUCAAAUUACCAUCAGAGGGAAUGCGACACACACACACACACCCGCACCCCCAACCCACAUACACAGUAAAAACUGUCCCUGCUAAAAAAAAAGUUUGUGAAAGUGGCCUGACGUCACACUCCCACAAUGCUUACCGCCCCAUAACCGAGAGAGAGAGAGAGAGAGAGAGAGAGAGAGAGAGGGGGUAGAGAGGCGCACUCUCACUCUCAGGCCCCGCAUACAUACUCUCACACACGCAUAGAAAGAGAGAAACGGAAAAAUAAUCGGGACAAGUGUUACAAACGAUCCCAGCACGAAUCGCGUGGAGGUAGUAAGAGGAGCCGAGUCCGUGGAUUUUUUCUGGAGUGGCCCAGGAUGGAAGUUUACCGGGAUCCAUGUGAAAGUGACUAAUGCGGAGCUGGAAACUUUUAGGACAGUAAAGAUGCAGAAAAGUAUUUCCUACUCACCCCCAUCCGUAGCUGUUGGGACUGGGUGAGGAGAGGAGAGCCUAGGAGAGAAGGAGAGAGGACGUGAGGAUCGUGUGGAGACUUUUUUCAGAGAUUUUGGUUUGCUUCAUUCCUACUGCUGCCUUUCUUCCAAAAACAAACAACUGUGCAACUUCCCACACUGGGCCUGCAGGGCGGGGAAGCCACACGUGAGUUUUCAUGGCAACGGCACUCUAGGGCUGCCAUGGCAGCUGCUGCCGCUGAUGCCUCACACCGAAUCACUGCACUGAAGCUGGAGGAAGAGGGAAGACGGACUACGGCCAGGCUGUUUGGGAGCGCUGUCCCGCUGCCAAGGACAGAGAAAGAGGGAGAGAGGGGGAAAGAGAGAGAGAAGGAGAGGGAAGGCCAGGGCGAAGAGGUCGGGAGAGGGGGCGCUAGUGAGUGUUUGGUGUGCGGCGCUCUGUUCGCCUCACAGGAGAAGCUUCGUAUCCACACUCUGAGUCACACGGGAGAGAAACCCUUCCACUGUUCACACCCACACUGUCCCAAGGCCUUCAGCUCAAAAUACAAGCUCUUCAGGCAUAUGGCCACACACUCUCCACAGAAGACCCAUCAGUGCUCGUUCUGUGAGAAGAUGUUUCACCGCAAAGACCACCUGAAAAACCACCUGCAGACUCAUGACCCCAACAAGGAGGCCUUCAAGUGUGAGGAGUGUGGAAAGCACUACAACACCAAGCUGGGAUAUAAGCGCCACAUGGCCAUGCAUUCUGCCACAGCCGGGGAUCUGACCUGUAAAGUGUGCAUGCAGAGCUACGAGAGUACGCCCGUUCUCCUGGAGCACCUCAAGAGCCACUCCGGGAAAUCGUCAGGCGGUGCCAAGGAGAAGAAGCACCCGUGUGACCACUGCGAUCGCCGCUUCUACACCAGGAAGGACGUGAGGAGACACAUGGUGGUCCACACGGGUCGCAAGGACUUCCUGUGCCAGUACUGCGCCCAGCGCUUCGGCAGAAAGGAUCACCUCACGCGUCACGUGAAAAAGAGCCACUCGCAGGAGCUGCUGAAGAUCAAGACGGAGCCUCCGGACAUGUUGGGUCUUCUAGCUUCAGGAUCACCACCGUGCUCUGUGAAGGAGGAGCUGAGCCCCAUGAUGUGUGGCAUGGGUCCCAAUAAGGAUCCUAUGAUGGGUAAACCUUUCCCCAGCGCAGCUCCAUUUCCAAUGGGCAUGUACAACCCCCACCAUCUUCAGGCCAUGUCUAACUCCGGGGUUAGUCAUCCACACCCGUCCCUGAUGCCCAGCCCCCUGUCUGCAGCCAUGGGCAUGGGAUGUCACAUGGAAUCUCCCGGGCCUCUUCACCCACACUCCCAUCACCAUCACCAUCAUCACCACCAUCACCACCAUCACCAUUCCCCUCCGCUGCCCACCCACCACCAACCCCAGGCCCCCCAGCAGCAGCCCCAACCCCAGCCUGCCGCCAAAUACCAGCUGGGAUCUACCUCAUACCUGCUGGACAAGCCCUUGAAAGUGGAGAUGGAGAGCUUCCUCAUGGAUCUGCAGAGUGGUUUGCCAGGGCCGCUCCCCUCUGCGGAGCCCCACGCUGCUGCCUCGCCCCCUAAAGACGGACUGGAGCCCACCUCGGGCCUUACAGACGAGCUUUGUGGGGACCCCCUCCUGUCCAAGAGCCCUGCGGUAAUCGCUGAGUCUUUGUGUGCUGCUAACAUGGACUUCUCCCACCUGCUGGGGUUCCUGCCCCUCAACCUGCCCCCCUACAGUGCCCCCAUGAGUACUGGAGGCCUAGUGAUGGGCUACACCUCAUCUGCGACCACGUCUUCAUCCUCUUCCUCUUCCUCGUCAUCUCUUCACGCUGCCGAACCCCACGCCGCGACAGUCGCAGGGGCGGCAGCCGCUGUCGCAACGGUACCUCUUACCUCUUUGCAACCGCAACCUCAGGAGCAGCAGAGCUCCAGUGGGGGUCUAGGUCUCGGACCCUUGCACCCACUCCCCCAAGUGUUCAGCUCCAGCCUUAGUACCACCACACUGCCUCGCUUCCACCAGGCCUUUCAAUGAAGGAGAAGGUGUAAAAAGCCCAGCCCCGCCUGGGUAGAGAUGGUCUCCACACCUGCCUUAGCUCAGCUCAGCUCAGCCAGGGUUUAUCGGGCUAACCCUGUUCACAGAGCCCAAUCAAAAAGUGGGAGAAUUAGAAUAUCACAAUGAACACUUAGAAAGCCUUAAAUGGAAGCGCACAAAAGCUUUUGAUUGAGCCUUGAAAGGAAGUUCAAAUGCCUUUAAGCUGCCUUGAAAAGAAAAGAAAAGAAGAAAAGAAGAUGAAGCAGCUUUUAUUUGGGCUUUUACCCCUAUCCCAUAGUUAGAAAAAUAUAUUAACCCCCCCUACCUUUUUUUUCUCUUUUUAAAAUACCAUUUACCUUCCUAUUUAUCCCAAAUCCACCUCUUAUUUAGUAGUAUAGAGGGCAGGAUCAGUAGGCCAAAAGGCAUGGUACUGCAUAUCUUGUUAUGUAAUAAUUGAGAAGAGAAGCUACAGACAAUUUUUUUAAUAAAUUGUCCCGUCUUGUUGUGACCCAUGAAAAAAAAAAUAUAGCUUGAAGUGGAUACUUUUGUUUUUACUUAAAUUUUCUUAUCGAAAUAUAAGAACGCGGUAAAAUGUGCAUCAUCUUGAGUUUGGAAACAGCCACGCUAAAAAUCUGAAAUGUCGCUAGUUCUGCAGAGAGAUUCUAAAAAAAAAAAGAAAAAAGAAUGAAGACACGGCAACGUCUAAAUUGAGCUCUAAAAUCCUCCUUCAGGUCGGAGCCAAAAGAAGUGCUCUUCAAACAGCCAAAAAGAUCAAUCUGAUGAAAGUCCCCGUGAUUUCCUGACACGCUCCUAGAGCUGAGUCGGUUUCAGUGGGAACACAGUAGUUCACCAAAUCACACACAACGACUUUGUCCUCCGUCACUCACACUCGUAGACCGCACGCACAUUUGUUUGAAAGAGAGCAAAAGAGAAAGAAUGAAAUGUGAAAUGGUGUGAGUCGGUUGACAACGUCCUAUCAUCAUGCUGGCUUUUUAGUUUGAAUUUGAAUUUUUUUUUUAAUGUUUCCUCAAGAGAAGCACUUUUUUUUCUAGCAGAAGGCACUUCAUCUUCAGAAAGUCUCUUUGGAAAACCUCUUCCUCAUGACCUCUAAAGGUUUCCCAUGUCUGAGACCUGGAUUUUCUCCUCUAAAAUACCCAGAAUCCUCCUGGUUUCCCCUCCCCUUGUUUCACUUUGUCCCCAAACAGUUUCCUCAAAAACAAGUUCUCAUAAAAACGACCACAUUUUGCUGCCUGACGUCUCUAGAACACAGGCUCUACUUUAUCAAAUACUGUAACAUCCAACUGCAGCCGUUCCCCCUCGAACCUCCCCUGCCCCCCCCACCCCCCAUAGUUUUAGAGGUGCGUCGUCAUUGUAAUGGUGAACCCUGACAUAUGUGAAAGAGCAAAAAAAAUUACAGUGACAGAUAAGGAAAAAAAACAAUGUGUUACAGAAUGUUAUUGCAGUGUACGAAAAAUAUCUCAGAAAUGAUAUUAUAAUUGCUUUUAUCUCAGUAAGGUGUAUUUUAGGUAGAUGUAUGAAAAACUAAGUGAUAUUGUUUUUUUUUUUCAUGUCUGGCAGGUUUACAUUUGUGUAUAUCUUGCAUUUUCUUUUUUUGUUUUGAUCAAAUGGAUGAAGUAUUAGCUUUUCCCUGAAGCUUUUUUUUUUUUUUUAAAUCGGUCAUAUCCAACCUUUACCUUUACGUGUACUGGAGUUAGUAUAGUGGGAUCAGAACUGUGGAUGGAAAAAAAUAUCUAGAGGGUUGUUAGUGGCUAAAUAAUCUGGUAGGAUUUGAACUAUAGGUAGAUUGUGUCACGGUGACACAGAUGGACUAUGAAUUGACGAGUGUUGGUCUUUGUCUGGUAAAUAUGUGCUGUGAGGAAAUCCCACGUUUUCCCUGAAGCGCUCAGUGGUUUGGGAGGUUUUUUUUUUUAAAUUUUUUUUUUAAUUUUUUGGAGCAGUUUCCAACUCCGCCACCAGUCUAUUCAAUUCAGAGCCCAAAUUGAAAACCCUAGUGAGAUCUGGGUGAUCCUGAUCUAGUGUUCCAUCUGUGGCAUGGCCAAGUCAUGUGGUAUAUAAGAAACUGACGUAGCCAUGUGUUUAGCCCAGGGGUCACCGACCUUUCUGACACUGAGAGCUACAUACAACAGCAGACACUCGUCUUACAAUAGUCAUUGACCAUUUGAAUAUCAUUGCUAGUGUAACUGAUUCAAAAAGCACAGUAACAGUACAACUUUUGACCCUCUUGUUGACUAGUUUGACUUUUAGAACAUACCCCACAGGUACCUUAGGGAGUCCAUGUGGCCAGGUGGCCCCGGGCAUCACGUUGGUGACCCCUGGUUUAGAGAGUCCAAGAUCAACAACAACGACUGGUUCUGUUACAUCUUAGGGAAAAUGAGAAAGAAGAGUACAUGACAGACGUGAAGUAUUUGUUUGAAUACAGUUUGAUGUCUAGUUGUCAGAAACCACCAUUUAUCCAUGACUUUUACAGAACUCGUCCACUGACGAGUCACUGUUUGACAUACAUGCGGACAGAAAACGUCCUCUUUUUUCACUAACGCUCAUACAGCACCAGUAUUCACUAAUACAACUUUAGACCUAGGCUAAUUUAUCAGUCGACUACACCUGGAUUUUCCAAACUUUUUUCCCCAGUUUUUGGAAAAAACACUGGGAUAAAAGGAUUUAAUGGCUACAUCCGUUUCUUAUAUUUGGUCCACGAUAAUUUUAAAUGUCAGCCUCGAAUGUCAAAUGUCGGUGCAGUCAUUGCAGAAGGUCAGAUUUUGCGCUCUACACACACACACACACACACAAAAAAAAACUAAACUAACUUAACUUAACUUUUGCUGCUUUUAGCCACAGUUGCUGAUGGACGAGGACUGUAGACCACUAGAACAAUUCAAGAGUUUUUCUUUUUUUUCCCCAACAAGCUGGACAUAGAGCUGAAAAUGUGCUCAUGCAGAACCGACACAGUGUUCAUCCAUAAGCCCCCACUCUCCCCAGCCUCCCCAACUCCAACUCAUUUCCCCCGAUUUCUCCCCCACUCCCUCUUUUCUCAGCUGCUUUAUAGAGUCAAAGGAAAAGGGUCUAAAUAAAAAGAAAAAAAAGGCGAUAUCUGGAAAAAAUAAAUAAAAGCAGUCACUGAGUUUCCCAGGCUUUGACAUUCAAAACACAGGGAAACACGACUGACUCUAAGACUUGAGCUAUCGCCUCAUAGACAUGUAAUUGUUUUUUUUUUUGUUCGUUUGUUUUGUUGUCAUAUGAUAUAUUAUUUUCUGUUUGUAUAAAACAGGACCUCAAAAAAAAAAACAAAAAAAAACAACACAACACAUCACCUCAUUUUAAUGUUUUGUUUUCUUACCAAAACCUGGGGAGAAGAAACUCAUAUUUUUGCACAUUUGCUUGUUACAGAAUGCUAUGAGUGGGAUCAGAUUUGUAUACUGUAGGAUUUAAUCCCCCCUCCCUCCCAAUCUCCACCCACACCCCGCCCAAACCCCCCCCCCAGAUGACAGCUCCUGUAGAUUAGACAGGAAGUCCCUCCCCUUUGAAAGGGAGGAGCAGCUGAAAACUCAGUGAAUCACAGUGAGCGCUGAUGUUAAAGCUGACUAAAACCCACCCCCACAGUCUGACUGUUGAACCAGACCUUUAUCUUUGCUGAAAUCCUAGAUUUUAUCUUCCAAGUUCUGAACUAAUUUGAAAUCUAAACUCGAACCUAACCCCUUCCCGGAGAGUCAUUAUUUUAAAAAUGACCCUCGUGAAACGAUCAAACUCAUCAUUGAUCUUAAAAAAAUUAGCUGUCGGCACCUUUCUGAUAACGACUUAAUAAAAAUUGGAUCUAAUCUGAUCAAAAUUUGAUCUUUACGGAGAGCCUAAAAAAAUGAUACUUAAAGAUUAACCUUCCUGGCUAGAGCCAGAUUUGUAGCAAUCAAAUAAACAUUUAUAUUUUUGUAACAAAAAUGAAUUUAGUCCUUUAAAGAGAAAAAAAAAAGAGUAAAGGAAAAGUGUUUUGGCAUGUGUAAAGUUUGUCCUCCCUGGGUUUCUGUGAGCUAAUCUGAAUUCUAGCACUUUCAACCUUUAAGGAAAAGAGUAUUUUUUUUCUUUUUAAAAUUCAGCUUAUAUGUUCAUAUGUUUUUUAUUUUGUAUUGAUCCUGUACAAGUAUGUGCCAUUAGUUUGAUGUGUAGACUUUAUCAACCUCUGUGUAUUUUCUCUUUCUCCAAAAGAAUAACAGUAUUUUUGAUAGACCUCUCACUAAUAUCCUCCCACAUUAACUCCCUUCGAUCCCUUCCAGUCCUAUAAAACUAUUUUAUUUUUAUUUUUUUCUCUUGGUAACCAGCUUUGCUUUCUUUCUCGUGAAAUGUAUCUAAUCAAACUCUGCAGCCGAGUGUCUGAAAAAAGCUGAGGCGACACAUCUGUCAGUGUGACAGUGUGGACGUCAGGGUGGUGUAGCCACAACCGCGAGCUGCCACUGAACCUAAACAAACCCUUGAGAAUAGAAACGCUUCUUGGAAAAUGCUAGAAAAAUCCAAGCACAAAAGCGGAGUGCCUCUGAGGGAAUGGGAUGGUCAUGUUUUCCUUAAAACAUGCAAACGAGAAUAAGCGUCAACCAUCUUCACAGAAGAACAAUUCAAAACUGGGUGCAAAAAUCUGAUGGGAAGUGUCUUCACUGAUUUGGACCUGGUGGGAGAUUAGUAAUAAGUCCAUUUUUAUUCCCCUCUUGUUUCCCUGCAAUUACAAGUAUAUUUGAAAUAUGAAUGAAAUAUAAUUUGACAAAACAUCAUGAACAUGAAGUGUUUGGGAACGGGCCGGAUUGAACCCCCAAGGGGCCGAUUUUGGCCUGCGCGCCGUAUGUUUGACACCCCUGCCCUAAACCCUUUAAAAUAGGUAUUAGAUUAAUGGAUGGACACCACUAAAAGAUUAAAUUAAGGAAUUUUAAUUGGAUGACUGUGACGGACUUAUUACUUUGGAUAUUUUUCAGAGUUUGAUGAUUUUAAUGACCAAGUUUUUUCUACUUGUUUGGUCUUGAUAUUCUCUUCCUCUGUGAUGUUAAACUCUCCGCCCUGAGGCUUACAGCUGAAAUGCCUCGGUGUUUGUACCGUAGAGUCAAACGUGACCAUGCCAUCCUCCAUUUAGGCAUUUUAACUAUUUUGAAAGAGAGGAAAUCAAAGUUUCCUUCUUUUUCAAUUCACCACAUUUCUUAGUAAACAUGCAGAAAUGUGUGACCCCAACGUUAAAGCACUUAAAGGACACAGUCGUUGUCAGUGGGUCAGCUCUGUUUGCUACAUCUCGCUGUGGGGUUUCUAAUUCCGCUAACACCGACAGUUUCGGAUUCCUUUUUGUUAACUAAUUUAAAAAAAUAAAUAAAAAAUGUAAUUAAAAAAAACUACUGAAUUAGAAAGACAACUUUGUUUCAUAUUUGAUAGAUUUUUGACAAAAAAAACCAAAACAAAAA